CACCGGAAAUUGCUAUGUUGUUGAGCACAUGACACAAAAUAUGGCCGAAGAAGUAAACAUGCCUCAAAAUCAUCAAAAUGGAUUUGGGGAAACUCCUGGUGAGGAAAGGCAGGAAGAGGAGAUAGAGGAGGAAAUUCCGAUAGAGGAAGAGGAAAAUGUAGAGGAGCUUGUAGAAAAUGCCAGCAACGAGUAUCAAGAUUUAAGCAACACACUAGACCAGAUCGAUAGAUGGAUGACGGAUAUAGAAACACAGAACGAUUCCCUUGUGUCUAAGCUUCGUGAUCUCCUGGAGUCAAAUCGACAAAUACGUGCUGAACUUCAGCAGGAAAACUCCGAGAAAAAGACUAGCUGACACAAAAAGAAAUUGGACAAUAAUUUAUAACAUUACAGAGGAAUAUUUUGGGACCAUGCAUAUUCCGCUUUGCGUAUGUAUCAAUGUGUAGUCAUUGCAAAACAGAUCACCUGUUGUCACUGUAAAUAGACCACGUGUGGUAAUUACAAACAUACCACGUGUAGUCAUUGUAAACAGAUCACGUGUAGUUAUUGUAAACAGAUCACGUGUAGUCAUUGUAAACAGAUAUUUUAAAGUCAUUGUAAAUAAAACAUUAAGUCAUUGUAAACAGAUCACGUGUAGACAUUGUAAACAGAUCACGUGUAGUCAUUGUAAACAGACCACGUGUUGUCAUUGUAAACAGAUCAUGUGUAGACAUUGUAAACAUACCACGUGUAGUCAUUGUAAAUAUACCAGGAGAUAGUCAUUGUAAACAGAGAAUUUAAAGUCAUUGUAAAUAAAACAUUAAGUCAUUGUAAACAGAUAAUAUGUAGUCAUUAUAAAUAGACCACGUGUAGUCAUUGUCAAUAUAUUAGGUGUUAUUGUAAAAGAUCAUUUGAAGUCAUUGUAAAUAAAACAUGUAGUUGUUUUAAACAGAUCAUUCAUAGUUGACUCUCAUGAUUCAAAAUUCGCGAGUCCGUAUUCCAGAGAUAUUAUGAAAUGUGCAGGCAAGGAUUUUUAGCUCCCGAUCCAAACCAAAUCUAGUUGCUUGUUAUACUAAUAUCGUUCAAUCAUUAGGCGGUGUGCACAGUUUAAUAGUUCUGUCAUUAGGCGGUGUGCACAGUUUAAUAGUUCAAUCAUUAGGCGGUGUGCACAGUUUAAUAGUUCAAUCAUUAGGCGGUGUGCACAGUUUAAUAGUUCUGUCAUUAGGCGGUGUGCACAGUUUAAUAGUUCUGUCAUUAGGUGGGUUACGUCACUAACAGUUUGUUGGAAUAUAUUUUAUGAUCAUUAUGUGCAGAUAAGAUUACCUACUGAGAAUUUCUCCAUUGGAUUUGUUAUAAUUUACGCAAAAAUGUUUGUUAAUAAUGUUUAUUUCAUGCAGGGUUGUUCAAUGGUUAAUUUGUACUUCGUAACUUUGCCUAGUCAAACAUUUUCCACAAAUGCUGUCAUUCUGUUAUUGCAGGAAUAAUAAUUUCAUACUUAAGAAUUUUUGAGUCCUGAAUUUGCAGCUGUAAUUUGUUUUACUAGUGACGUCGUUAAUAAAUAUAAAGGUUU